UGACGAGCUCCCAAUGGACAUGUUACUAGGUAUGUACUACCUCUCUGUAGCACAGCCCCAGUUCCCCAGUUUGACUGGGACCGAAAAGUGGUCAAACACACGUUGCCAGGUGGAGGGACCGCCAGAUUACAUAAGUUCAAAGCUAGUAGGCUGAUUGAGUCCUAUGGGUGCAUGUGUGCGGCCGCGUUCUAUAAUUAUUAUAAGCAAAAUCAGGAGGAGGGUAUGUACUUAGUUUAUGUCUCUGCUGCAGGCGAGCCGGUGAAAAUGCCGCCAGAGAUAGAGGGAGUAGUUGCUAAGUACCCAGAUCUAUUUGAAGAGCCGACAGGGGUUGUUGAGAGGGAGGUCGUCCACGCGAUAGAGAUUAUCCCAGGGUCUAGUAUUCCGAAGGGUAGGAUCUAUCGGAUGUCUCCAGGCGAGCUUGAUGAGCUUCGCCGCCAACUCAAGGAACUCAUAGAGAAGGGUUGGAUCCGGCCGAGUGUCUCUCCUUAUGGAUCUCCAGUACUCUUUGUACCUAAGAAGAAGGAGGGCACUCUCAGGAUGUGCAUUGACUAUAGGGGCCUCAAUGCCAUCACUGUGAAGAACAGAGAGCCCCUACCACGCAUCGAUGAUCUAUUAGAUAGAGUGCAAGGGUGUCGGUACUUCAGUAAAAUAGAUCUGAAGUCCGGGUACCAUCAGAUUGCAAUCCGGCCCGAGGAUCAACACAAAACCGCAUUUCAGACCAGGUACGGUCURUACGAGUUUGUGGUGAUGCCUUUUGGCCKUUGCAAUGYUCCUGGMACCUUUCAGCACGCUAUGAAUCRGAUWUUYCAUGACUACUUGGAUAAGUUUGUCGUCGUGUACCUCGAUGACAUACUUAUUUUUAGUAAGACUGUCGAGGAWCACGUAGCACACUUAGACAAAGUUCUCAGUCUCCURCGACAGCACAAGUUCAAGAUCAACGGUGAAAAGUGCGAGUUUGGCCACACCCGUAUCUUGUACUUGGGUCAUGAGAUCUCCGCGGAAGGGUUGAAGCCCGAUGACGCGAAGGUGGCCAGCAUUCGUGAUUGGCCACGACCUCAGUCUGUGACUGAGAUGAGAUCUUUCUUAGGAAUGACAGGCUACUACCGGACUYUUGUAAARAACUAUAGCAUUGUGGCCGCUYCUUUGACURAUCYGACCCGCCUUGACACCCCGUGGGAGUGGACAGAUGAGUGCGAGGCUGCUUUCAGACAUCUGAAGCAUGCAUUGACGCACUAUGAAGUCUUGAAGCUACCCGAUCCUGAUAAGCCAUUUAUAGUAACCACGGAUGCUAGCCAAUAUGGCAUUSGCGCCGUGCUUGCGCAGCAGGAGGGGCCAAAGUUGAGGCCAGUUGAGUACAUGUCCAAGAAAAUGCCGUCUCAGAAGUUGGCCAAGUCUACUUAUGAGAAGGAACUUUAUGCGGUGUACAAGGCUCUCACCCAUUGGAGACACUAUCUCCUUGGGCGGUUCUUCAUCCUCCGGACUGAUCAUCAGACCCUGAGAUGGAUAAGAACACAACCGGUACUCUCAGAUGCUCUCAAGCGAUGGAUCGAAGUCAUUGAGCAAUAUGACUUUGACCCUCAGUAUCUCAAAGGGGAGUACAACAAGGUUGCUGAUGCCUUAUCGCGCAGACCGGACUUCUCAGGUGCGAUGAUUACUGAGUUCGAUCUGACGGACGAUGUUACUCAGUCUUUGGUGGAAGCCUAUCGUCAGGACGAGUUUAUGUCUGAGAUCAUACACAGACUAGAGGCGAAGGAUAAGAAGACCUCCGCCGAGUUUGAGUUGGUCAAUGGAUUGCUGUUCCUAGAGAAGGCAGGGAAUAAACGCUUGUGUGUUCCAAAUAGUGAGUCUUUGCGUAGUUUGUUUUUAGCUGUACGUGGAAACUUGUCAAGUAUGCCAAAGAGACAAGCCCGUACUCAGGCUCCUCUUGGGCUGCUCAAGCCCCUUCCGAUUCCGGAAAGGCCGGGUGAAAGUUUGUCCAUGGACUGCAUGGAUACGCUGGUCACCAGCAAGAGUGGGAUGAGACAGAUCUUUGUCAUCGUGGAUAGGUUUAGUAAGUUUGAUAGAUUAAUAGCUAUGCCAGAAACAGCAAAGACCGAGUACUUGAUCAGGUUAUUUAAGGAGAACUGGGUCAGAGACUUUGGACUGCCGAAGUCAAUUGUCAGUGACAGGGACGUCAGGUUUACGAGUGAAUUGUGGAAGGCCGCUGCAGCUGAACAAGGAACUCAACUGCAAAUGACUUCUGGAAAUCAUCCAGAAGCUAAUGGCCAGGCUGAACAAAUGAACCGCGUUGUGCAACACCUGUUGAGGCACUACAUCAAGCCCAAUCAGGUAGACUGGGACGAAAAGCUUGCUCUAGUCGCCAGUCUAUAUAACAACGCUGUACACAGUGCUACCGGGACAAGUCCUAACGGUCUACAACUGACAUUCAAGCCUAGACUGCCCUUAGACUUCCUACUUCCAGACAACCAGUCAACUGCUACACCGGGCACUUUGGAGUUCGCCUAUAGAUAUGAACAAAAGAUGCAGGAGGCUGUAGAACACAUGCAGAAGGCGCAGGCAGCAAUGAUAGAGUCUGAGAAUAGACACCGUCGCCCUUCUACAUUCCAGGUUGGGGACAGAGUCUGGGUCAAGUCUUCAGAACUGGGACAGGAGUUCGGAAUAUCCCGCAAACUCAUGCCUCAGUACUUUGGGCCUUGGGAAGUUCUAGACGUAGUAGGGACAGAUCCUGAUGGUCCAUCAUAUGUCAUCCGUAUCCCUGGUCAUCUCAGAACUCACCCUGUCUUUCACGCCUUUAAGCUCGCUGCGUCCAAGGAAACUGAUCAGUUUCCCCCUCGUCGGUCAAUGCUGCCCCCAACCAUGGACGGAGAAGUCGAUAUCGAUGAUAUCGUCGAUCACAGGGAGAUGCCUGUUCAGAAGCCCCCAGGAAGGGGACGUCCUCCAAAGCCAAAACUGCAGUUCCGUGUUCACUUCAAACAUCACACGGAUCGGAAAGAGGACCGCUGAAGUGAAGACCUACGCCUUGAUGAUGAUGACGAGCAGUACCCUGAUGACGAUGAUGGUGAUGACGAGCAGCACCCUGAUGAUGAUGACGCCCUUCCCGUCUUGGAGAAGCUUAGAGAGGCUAACUUCAAGAUCAAUGCGAAGAAGUGCGAGUUGGCCAAGAUGCAAGUCGUCACCACGAACGCGAGUCAGUAUGGGAUAGGCGCCGUGUUGCAGCAAGACGACGGCAAUGGCUAUAGACCCGUAGAGUUCAUGUCCGCGAGGAUGCCCUGUGAGAAGGUCGCUACCUCCACGUACGAGAGGGAACUCUACGCUCUCAGGCAGGCUUUAGACCAUUGGAAGCACUAUCUGCUUGGGAGGCACUGCAAAGUGGCACUUUCAACGGUGGAGAUGGGUGGCGAGACCUACUUCCCGAAAGGCAUACCAUUUGAUGCGGGAGCAUCUGAAGAAGAUGGCACAGGUGUAUCGGUGAAACCAGUGAAGGGACGAACACUGAUUUUCUGGAGUAGAAAGAGGGAUGGACAGGAAGAUGCGCUCAGUAUUCAUGGUGGGGCAAAAGUUAUUGCUGGAGAGAAAUGGCUGGCCUCCAAAUGGAUAAUUUUGGCCGGUGAUAUGGCCACUGGAGCUGCAGGUCGUUAUCAGCAGGCAUUUCUGUACUCCUCGCUGCUGUGGAGUUCCUUUAGCUCCCGUUAGCUGCCUGUGAAUUUUCCGAUAUCGGAGAGGCAGCGGCGAAUCGUGGUUAACAGUGAUGUUCGGAUAGAUCUGUUCCACAAGUGAUUUCCGGGAGAGCCUCUUCUGCGGCAGUGAUGUUAAAGAGACAGACUUUCUUUUUUGAUUUCAAGAGAACCUCUUCUGCGAUAUUGAUUUCAAAAUUCAAAGUUCAAACUUCAACGAGAACGCCGUCUGUAAAACUGGUUUUCAAGAGAACCGCUUCUGUGAAGCCGGAGCUAACAUAACAUCGGCUGCAAAAAUGUACAGCUGGAGAGGUGUUUGACCGACAACACGGUUUGUGAACUUUGUGCCGAUUGUUCGUUCUAUGCAUCAGUCUGUCAGAGGACUAUCAUCCAUGCGCGAAGGUAGCUUAGCUUACUGUUGACUGCUAUUCGAAACGACUAAAUUAGAGGAGACCUGGAGAAGUGAAUUGAAAUUCGACGACCUUCCACCCAUGUGCAAAGGUCCCUUACUUUUUUCUGAUUUGGCAGUUUUAUAACCAAGAGUACAAUACCAUCACAACAUGGCAGUAUACUUUCAAUGACCAGCGCAAUCAUCAACUCAUUUCCAGUCAACUUCCCGAUCUCGAGCUCAUUUGCAGUCAAUUUCCCGAUCUCGAGCUCAUGUGCAGUCAUUUUGUCUGCAAAUGGCUUUGAAGCGGUGAACAUUCCGGCAUGGCCGAAAUAGCUUGCCAGGCCUACUUCCCGACCUCGAGCUCAGUGAGGACACAGGAAAGGUCAGAUGAAGAUGAACAUCGACCAUGUCAUGGUUACACACGCACUACCGAAGCGACGAAACAGUCUGGCACAGUCAUGCUUUUUUUGAGUGUAUAGCGAAUAUGACAACACACUACCGAACUGCUCAAAGACCAUUCCGGGUGAGAGGUGUGAUUGGACGGAAUUCACUCGACGAAGAUCCACUUAGUGCUCGACAGUUAGUUUUUGAAUCUUUUUUUACGAUGGUAGUGGUAAUGGUAACGUUUUCUCAUUUGUUGGUCAUGUUCUUGGCAUCCAAAUUUGUUCUAUCGUCUUAGUAAGUUAGUAGUAGUUAGUACAGCAAAACCUUUACUCAAAAUUUACUGCCCUUUGUUUUUCUGAUUCUAUACAUAUAGAUGCAAAAUGUAGAUAUCAAAUUGGGGGUGGGAGGGGACUGUUACGGAGAUGGGAGAUGCAGCGAAGAAGGACAGAGAAGAGAGCAGAGGGAAAGCGAUUGCCAUUUUGCCAUUUCCAACGCAGACUCCAGCCAGGACAACACAGGCCUGAAUGCAUUGGAUGAGUGCAUGAAAGAAUGAGUGGGGAACAUGUCUCCUGCAACUACUGAUGUUGGGUUUGGGUGGAAUGCCCCGCCCCGACCUACCAGCAUGGGAAGAUGAUCCCAAGCACGAUCAAAGAUUCGUCUACAACAGGAAAAGUUAACAGUAUUUUGUUCUCCAACUUCUCCCAUAGUGUGGCCUAUGGCUGUACAGCUGUGCCAUGCUAUCGUCUCUACCCGAACAGAAAGCACUGUCACUAUAGCCAUAUUUGGGGCAACUUUCAGUCUAGAUACAGGGAGAAUGACCGGGUGUUUCAUUCGGGUGAAGACGGAUGGUAGUCACACCGCUGUAGCAUACAGCGAGAGAUAUGCACUCAGAGAACCGCAUCAUUAGCCGCUAAGACCUUCGUGGGGAUUAUAGUUUCUACAUGAAGAUCGACGGCUGCGUCUUUUGAGCUGCUUCUGCUUCUGCUGCUGCUGCUGCUUUUUUCCAUAUUAGAUGAGACACCGUUGGAGGUGCCAGAGCUGCAUCACAAGUAUAUGGCUUAGUGCCGUGGAUUGAUUGAGGAAGUCGCUUUCUCAUCGAGUUAUGUUCAGUGAGGAUAUUUCCCUUGGAAAGGUCAGGAUUGUGCAAUGGCGCGCAUUAUUACUGACAUUAAUUUGUUAACUUUGUUUGCAUUCAAACAGUUGUCAUCAACUGGAUGGAAAUCAUAAUAGCAGGUCGCGGAAGAUCUCAAUGUGCUUGCUGCCUGACAGAAAAAUGAUCAGAAGGCAGAUCUAAAUGAACUGACUGCGCACUAGGUAGUUGGUUUUUCCAUUCCAGGUGACCUGCAGCAACACGAUAGGACUCCCUUCAAACCACCAUGUGAACCAAUCGAGCAAGAUGACAGGCAGACUGGAGACAUUUGAAUGCGGUUUUGAGUUGUGAAUCAAUCGAGCACAUAACACAGCUAUCGGCCGCAGAACAAAAUGGAGUAGAAAACGUUUUCAGUUGGAUGAAUUUGGGCGCUCCUGUGGUGGCCCGUACGAUUCCUAAAAUUGUGGCUUGUUUAUGGGCACGACUUUAGGAAGUACUAGUGGUUUAAGAAUGGGUGGACGAUUUUCAGUCAUUCGAGGGGAAACUUGGAUUGGAAUGUGCGUCACCCUCUGUACUGAGAAAAAUGCGGCAAUGAAUUGGCAUAGUGGUG